CCAUUAUUAUUUUUUUGAAGAUGGCUCUAUAUAAGUUCGCGCAAUAAUUUGAAUGAUAAUGACAAAAUAUUUAUGUUCAGUUAAGUAUAAUAACAAAUAUUCGAUAAAGACUCUUAGAUUAUGAAGUAAGUAUUUACACAACAUACUUCUGCAAUCAAAAUAUUUGCAUAAAUACUGGCAAAUUGCCCCUCAUUUUUAAUAAUUGCGUUAUAAUAUGUCAACUCAUAUGGUUUCGAGUCACCUGACGAGUUAAGAUAUAGGCGGCGCGGCGCGCACGUGCGUUUCUUUCGCCACGGCAGUGUUUUUACGUGAUGUUACGAAGACGAUUGGACUUUCGAGUUUCGGCAAUUGGUAUAAAUCACGAUAGGAAAUAAAUAAUUAUCGGCAAACGUCAUGCUUUCGCGAGGCCUGCACUUUGGUCUGCGCUUUUCGUCGCGUCGGGUAGUAACACAGAUUACAUCCAGAAAUGCGGCCUCAGAACCUGCAUAUGACAAAGACCCAGCUCCUUAUUUUUUUAAUGAAGAAAUUCAAACAAUUCUCAAAACUGUAACUCGUCCAUCAACUGAAAAAGUCUUUAGAAGACAAUUGAAUAGUGAAAACCUUGUGGAACCCGAAUACAAGUUUAUGACUGAUCAAGAGUUGGAAGAUGCAAGGCGUCAAGCUAAUCAGCUAAUGUGGGAGCGCUUGCAAAUGCCUCCUGUUGUGAAGGUCCGAGAAGAAGAUGGUCGUGUUUUAUCAAAAGAUCCAGCUUUGCAAGGAUUCUCUGAUGCAAAAUUUGUUGUCACAGACAUUACAUUUGGUAUAAGCAACAAAGACAGAAUAAUUGCUGUUAGGGAACUUGAUGGAACUCUGAGAAAGGCAUUUAACCAUGAAAAAGAUCGCUUGAAUCAAGUUUACUUUCCUAUCCCAGGUCGCGAAGUAUUCAUGCCAAAGAUGUUUCAAGAAGAAUACCUGCAGGCUGUGCUGGAUAGAAAAGAUUAUGAAUUUAUAUUAAAUCGAGCUUGCAUUCAAUUUGAACCAGAUAGUGAGGAUUUUCACAGGGUUACAAGAGUUACAUACGAUUGUAUUUAUGACAAAAUGCACUUUGAUCAUUUAAGGUCAACUAGACACUUUGGUCCAAUGGUAUUCUAUUUGGCUUGGAACAAAAAAAUAGAUAAUCUGCUAAUUGAGAACAUACAAACAGAACGAAUCGAAGAUGCUGCCUUGGUAAUAAAAUUGUACUAUAAACUAAAUCCAAGUGAGAAAGCUAUCAAAGAAGAGGAUAAUGUUAAGUUAAUACAGCAUUUCAUAGACACUGAAGCAGGUAGCAAAGGAAAGUUAAUUCGCGCUCUUCAAACGCAUUUGGAGAUAGAAGCAGAACGAAGAAAAAUUAGAGAAAACGUAGAAAAACAUAUUGCAGAAACAAAAAGCAGUGAUGAGGAAAUAAAAACUUAAGUGAGAUAAGAAAAUGUAUUCUUUUUUUACUUGAACUCUUUAUUUUCUUUAGCAUUAAGCAUCGUUAUCAAAUAAUGUUAUUCAUUUGUUUUAAUAAAAUUUUAAUUUAGAGUUGCAUCAUUGUCUAGCACAGAAUUGUACAUUCUGAAAAAAUCAGUUUGUUUUCGACCAAUGCUUGAUAAACUAUAAAAUGCUUGGUGCAUUGUAUGCACAAAUUUUCAUAGAUAUCAUUGAUGAAUAGUGAAAAAAUAAAACAAAGUUCUUGAAAAAACUA